AUGAACUUCUUCUUAGACUAUGCAAUUUGUAACCGUGGGCCCAGCGCCUACGCGCCCAAGGACUACCAGCAGCAUCUCGACCAGGGGACCACUUCCUUCCCAGCUUGCUCAGGUACCACCACUCCUUCCUGUGACAGCUAUCACUCAGACGGACGCUUCGGGGUGACGGGGGUGGGAGCUGCCGCUGCUGGGCCCAACGCCCACCACCAGCAGCAGCAGCAGAGCCCCAGCUACCCUCCUCCUCCUCUUCCUCCUCCUCUUCCUCCCAACCCUGCUGGCCUUGGCAUCUCCUUCACAGGGUCCUCUCAGCCAGGAGGGGGUGGCGGAUACUCAGCCCCCAGCUGCAGCCCCAGCUUCGUCAGCCAGCAAUUCUACCUCAACCCCCAGGAGACAGAUGGAGCCUACUUCCAGCCCUCGGCCUACCCCGCCAGCGUGGCGGUCGCAGCUGCUGCUUCAUCCCCUUCUUCUUCCAGCCUGGGAAAUUUAUCAGAGGGUUUCUGCGCCACCACGGGCCAUUUCCAGCCACAACCUCUCUAUGGGCCCGAACAGGGUGGCUACUUGCAAGGGGGCUUUGGCAACCUCUCGCCUCCCUUGCACGAGAACAAAGACCCGAGGGCUUGCGCAUCCUCACAGCCAUGUCCCAUGGCCGCUGCCACCGCCACCCAGACCUUUGACUGGAUGAAAGUGAAAAGGAACCCUCCAAAGACAGCGAAAGUGUCCGACUACGGCCUGGCCGUGCACCCCAGCACCAUCCGGACCAACUUCAGCACCAAGCAGCUGACGGAGCUGGAGAAGGAAUUCCACUUCAGCAAGUACCUCACCCGAGCCCGGCGGGUGGAGAUCGCGGCCACCUUGGAGCUCAACGAGACCCAGGUGAAGAUCUGGUUCCAGAACAGGAGGAUGAAGCAGAAGAAGCGGGAGAAGGAAGGGCUGGCCGCGCCCGCCGCCGCCGCCGCCGCCGCCGCGCUCAGCACCUCGGCCAAGGAAAGCAACGAGGCCGCCUCGGACCGAUCGAGCGGCCCCUCCACGCCCGACGCUUCGCCCAGCUCCGUGUCCUCUUGA